AUGGCAAACCAGCUCAGAGAGUUCACACUAGAGGAAGUUUCGAAGCAUAAUGCGGAGAAAGACUUGUGGAUCGUGAUCAAUUCCAAGGUCUAUGACCUCAGCAAGUUCGCAAACAUGCAUCCUGGCGGGAGUGGCGUCUUGUAUGAUUCACAAGUCGCCGGAAAAGACGUAACGGACCUCUUCUUCUCUCUUCACCGACAAGAAGUCCUCGCCAAAUCCGCCUACCAACGACUCAUCAUUGGCACUGUCAAAGGCCAGCAGCAGCGUAUUAUUCCUCGUCAGCCGGGUGAUAUUAAACGUAUCCCGUAUUCGGAAGCCAACUGGCUUGCCGCAGGUUUCUUCUCACCCUAUUUCAAAGAGUCCCACCGUAAAUUCCUUCAUGUCGCCCGCAAGUUCGCCGAAGAGGUAGUCUUCCCAGAUGGUGAGGUCAAUGACCCACUAGGUCGUAUGCCCUCCCCUUCAGUCAUCCAAGCCAUGGCAAAGAACAACAUAAUCGCAAUGAGAAUUGGCCCGGGCCCUCAUUUGAAAGGACGUCAACUGUUCGGAGGGCUCAUUACACCGGAAGAAUUUGAUUAUUUCCAUGAGAUGAUUUUACAUCAGGAGAUGUCGAAUGCAGCGACGAGGGGUUAUAAUGAUGGGUUGUUGGGUGGAGGCGUUAUUGGACUACCUGCCUUGGUUUAUUACGGAAGUGAGAGUUUGAAGGCCAAAUAUUUGGCUGAUAUUUUGGAUGGGAAGAAGCAUAUUUGCCUCGCUAUCUCAGAGGCGUUUGCCGGUAGUGAUGUCGCCGGUUUGCGCACGACUGCCAAGAGGACCCCUGAUGGAAAGUAUUUUAUCGUCACGGGCACCAAAAAGUGGAUCACGAACGGACACUUCGCAGAUUGGUUCGUUACCCCUUGCAGGACCGAGAAAGGCCUCACUGUACUCCUAAUACCGCGAACUGAGGAAGUAACAACCAAACUCAUCAAAACAGCCUACUCCUCCGCAGCGGGGACGGCUCACGUUUUCUUCGAUGGCGUUAAAGUCCCUGUCGAAAACGUUCUCGGGCUAGAGAACGGUGGUCUUGUCGUCAUUCUGGCCAAUUUCAACCAUGAACGCUGGAUGAUGACCGCUAUAACCGUUAAGAUUAUGAGGAUUGUUGUGGAGGAGACGUUCCAGUGGGCCCACCAGCGAAUUGUGUUCGGAAAGCCGUUAUCAGAGCAAGCAGUAGUGCGAAAUAAAUUAGCGGGGAUGAUUGCACGUGUGGAGACCUCUCAAGCGUGGCUAGAGAACAUCACUUAUCAGAUGAACCAUAUGCCAUGGAAGGAUCAAGCCAAGUAUCUCGCGGGUCCAAUCGGUCUCAUGAAGAUGCAGACCACUCGUUCGGCACAACAAAUCGCUACCGAUGCAGUGCAAAUCUUUGGUGGCCGAGGCAUUACCAAGACCGGGCUUGGGCGCAUCAUUGAGGGUUUCCACCGUACUGUUCCCUUCGAUGCUAUUCUUGGAGGAGCUGAGGAUGUCCUUGGAGAUCUAGGAGUUCGGCAAGCCAUGAAAUAUUUCCCAAAAAAUACUCGGCUGUAG